AUGCGCGAGCUCGACUUUGAGGAACGCCUCAACCUUGGGACUUUGCGGGUCAUCCUUGACCGCCUUGCCGGUCUGCGCGUCCAGGCUUACAAUCCAUUUCUUGAGAUUGUCCAGCCCGGUAAUGCCGCCGUGGAUGUUGAGCAGUUUCUCCGCGAUCUGCUGGAAUCUGGGAUCCGACAUUCUCUUAACGAGAUCGGCGUACACGCCGCGGAGAUACUCCCGAUUGUCGUUCCAGGCAUUGAUGACCCCUGCGAGGGAGAUUGA